ACAUGUUUUAAUUCUCUGUAAUAAAGUAUACUCUUUAGAUUAAUUUAAUCGUUCAAAUACUUUUAUCAAUUUUAUUCAGUCGAGAAAAGGCAUAUCUGCCACCGAUUUCCGCUCGAUGGCCACUGAGGUCCUUUGAUUGUAUGGAUUUAGAUGCAACAAUCUCUCGAGUGCAAUCUUCCAUGGCGCACAUUAUUUUAGCUUGAUCUUAAAUUUACUGCUUUUUUCGGCUUAGCUACCAAUAUACCAAUAGAAUUUUAUGAAAUUGAUUAACAUUAAUUUAUUUACAAAUUAAUUAGGUAACAUUUUUCGCUUUUGUUUUAAAAUACCACGAGAUCAACGGGGUCAAUGCCAAGGCCGAAGAGACAACUUAAACGGGCGGCUGCCCGUGAUACUCAAGACCCAGGACAAGCACGCAGGCCAGGCCGGCGCAGGGCUCAACGCCAACAGACCAACAAUAACGAACAAGAUGUCCAGGCUCAACUUGCACCCCCUAAGCCCCAGGCAGUCCAACUACCCCAGGCAGCCCCACAGCAUCAGGUGGCACUGUUACAACAGGCAGCCCCACCACAGCAAGCCCAGGAUCAGGCGGGUCCUGUCAGAGUUUGGAUUGUCGGAUCUUCUAUCAUCAAACGAGCAGCUAUGAGUGCAGUAUCAAGACAGGGGGGGCUUAAUCUUAAUCUCGAGAAUACUUCAGUCUUAUGGCAGGGAUAUAGUGGCAUGAAGCUACAAGACCUUAAUACUAGGCUAUCAACGUUGCUAAGGUUAGAAGAUCGUCCUGAGUUUCUCAUCAUUCAUUGCGGAGCAAACAAUGUUGGCCAGAAAACCACUGAAGAGCUGCUGGUGCUCCUUUCCACAACCUUGCCACGAAUUUGUGACAUGUUCCCUACCACAACGAUAGUUUGGUCCUCUGCCCUGCCUAGAUUAGCUUGGCGCUUUUCAGACAAUGUUAAAGCAAUGAAUGAAAUAAGGGGUCGAAUGAAUAGAGAAGCGAUAAAAUUUGUAACAUCCAGGGGCGGUCAUUACAUCAAAUACCCUCAGUUUUCCCCCAAACCACCUACGUUGUUUGACCCUGAUGGAGUUCACCUGUCCCAGCUGGGUAAUGAUAUCCUUUUAAAUACCAUUAAAGGUGCGUUGCAAGAUUUAUUAAAUUGUGGCGGUGUUGGCCUUCCGGACUAACCACAUCACAAUUAACUACUACUGGCUCGUGGUGACCAUUGGAGUUGCGGUCCUGCCGCCGUCACCAAUGUUACUUUUGGAAAGUGGCGCACUCCAUUGGUGGCGGUUGCAGUGUCAUAAACAAACGUUCAUGACCCUCGCAAGUGGCGCUAUCGUCGCACCCCAACUCCAAUGGAAGAGUGCAA